CUCUUAUAAUAAUUUCUUUAAUUUUCCGCCGAAUGGAGCUAGUAUCACAGUUAUAUUACGUUCGCAAACAAAUAGAAUUAUUUGCAAUGAAAUUGAAAUAUUGAAUUGUUUUAAUCACUAAUUAAUUAAGUACAAUAAACGCGAAAAAUAUUGUUAUUCUUGAGUGAUAAAUACCAAAAUAAAUCCUAUUUCUUUAAUGAAUAAAGAAAAGAAAAAAUCGUUCAAUACAUUUUAAGUAAUAAAAGAUGUGAAUUCAACAAAAAAUAUAAACGAAAUUUGUAUGGCGGAGGGGAGAGUUAAAACAACGAAGAAAGAGAGAAGUUUUGUAACUUCGGACCACCAUUCAGUCGAACAAAGUGGCAGACGCUUGCGUCUCAUGAUAAGGAAAGGACCUCCGAGUGUACCGUGCUGCGUCAUCGUAGAAUGGACACACAAGGGGGAAUGUCCCGUAACACUGGACCUGGUUUGUAUGAAUUCCUUAUGGAAGCAGAACUCCAACAGUAUUAUCCUGGAAUUCGAGGGGACUUGAAAGUACAGACAACUGCUCAAUUGAAAUAUGUAACAGAAGAUGAUUUAAAUGCGAUUGGAAUGAGUAAACCAGAAAUGCGUCGUUUAAAGAAAUAUUUUCAAAAACAUUUUCCACAAAAUUAUUUAUCUAAAUUCAAAAAGAUGUUACUACCAAAACGGGAAGAACCAACUACAGGUGCUUUAACUAUGUUGCCAGAAGAAAGGCAAGAUAGACCACCGAUUCGUGUUCCUAAUAAACAUAUGAUACCAGCAGAUGCAAUUAUUGUGAACAAAGAAUUAGGAACAGGAGAAUUUGGAGUUGUUCAACAAGGUGUUUGGACAAACGAUGGUGAAAGAAUACAAGUAGCAAUUAAGUGUUUAUCACGAGAAAGAAUGCAGAAUAAUCCGAUAGAGUUUUUAAAAGAAGCAGCCAUAAUGUAUGCAAUAGAUCAUGAACAUAUUGUAAGAUUGUAUGGUGUAGUUUUAGAUACAAAUUCUUUGAUGCUUGUCACAGAAUUAGCACCUCUGAGAUCAUUAUUAGAAUGUUUGAAAGAACCAAGUUUACGUAGCAGUUUUCCUGUACUUUCAUUAUGUGAUUUUUCUGUACAAAUCGCAGAUGGAAUGCAAUAUUUAGAGGCAAAGCGAUUAAUACACAGAGAUCUUGCUGCUCGGAAUAUUUUAGUAUUUUCUAAAAACAAAGUCAAAAUAUCUGAUUUCGGAUUAUCUCGUGCUUUAGGAGUUGGAAAAGAUUAUUAUCAAACAAAUUUCAAUGUAAAUUUGAAAUUACCAAUAGCAUGGUGUGCUCCAGAAUGUAUAUCAUAUUUAAAAUUUACUUCUGCUAGUGAUGUAUGGGCCUAUGGAGUAACUUUAUGGGAAAUGUUUAGUUAUGGUUUUCAACCAUGGGCAGCAUUAACAGGUCAUCAAAUUUUAGAAGCGAUAGAUGAUCCUAAUUUUCAAAGAUUAGAACAACCAGAAUGUUGCCCAAAAGAAUAUUUUUCACUCAUGCAACAGUGUUGGCAACAUGAACCAUCUAAACGCCCCAAAUUUUCUGAAUUAAUUAAUCUUUUACCUGAUUUGAAGCCAGAACAAGUUCAAGCUGUUCAAGAUAGCAUGGAAACAAAUCAGCUUGUUUACAGACAAGGAGAUGUUAUUACUGUUCUUGAUAAAGGAAGUAGUAACACAUUAUGGAAAGGUGUUCUAAAUAAUGGAAAAACUGGCUUUUUUAAUCCUGCUCAUACAAUAGCAUAUCUUGGAUCUAAUUUACCAAGUAAUAAACCAGGUGAAUUUACACGUGGUGAUGGCAAAAACACAUUUUCUUCUCAAAGACGAAAGAUUCGUACGGAUAUGAUUUCAUCUCCACAAGGUGAUUUGAAACACACUGGUCAUGUUGGAUUAGAUGGAGCUUAUUUUGGUGAUAUCGGUUUUCUCGGCGGAAAAUAUUCACAUUUACCACGACAAGUGGUUCCACCAUAUAAACCACAAGAAGAUGUAACGGAUAAUUCUAGUCAAGCUUCGAGCCAGGAAACAAGAAGCGCGGAUACAAAUAGAGAAUUAUUGAGAGAUUAUAGGAAUACACAACAGGAUGUUCAAAAUAAACAUGAAAGUUUGUGGUCAGAUGUAAAUGAAGUGUGCCAUACUGCUAAUUCAAAUAAACAAUCUAUUCCAUUAAAUAUGGCUAGUAAUAAUGAUCUUGGAGCAGAUCAUGAAUAUCAUGAAAUAAGUGAUGAAGAAAAUCAAGAUAGUCCAUUAAGAUUUGAUAAAACAUUAAAUUUUGAUUUUGGUCCAAGUUUAUUGGCUGAAAUGGAUCAAAUGUUUAGAUCACUAGGAUCUUCUCCUCCUCCACCACCUCCAAUUCAUCCUUUAUCAACUGAACAUGAAACAAGUAAUGUUCGAAAUGAACUGAGAGAAAUACAAGCAAAGCAGAGCAAUAAAAAAAAGCAAGCCACCGUGAGUCCAAUAAAUGUGAAGCCUAUCUCAGCUGCCGAUCAGAAAACUCUCUACUCAGCCAUUGCUAUGGCACAGGAAUUGACAGCACGUUCCAUGACAGACCUUGAACAUCCACCGGAGUCUCCCCGAACACCUGCCAGUCCUUCAAGACGCAGAAAGUUCUCUUUUAAGUUGCCACAUCAACACAGUCCCAAACCAGACAGACGACACUUUUCAGAAGAAGCUGCCAGUAUACCUGACAUACAGUGGUUGUGUUCAAGUUUGCAAUCAUUAUCAUCCACUGUAUCAAGCAUAGAAUCACUUGGAGCACCAUCUACUUUGAAAUUACCAUUAUGGGACAAAGCAUCUGCCGAAUUUUGUUUCGCUAAGUCUCGUGAACUUCUAACUAAACCCACUGCAUGGACUUCUUAUAUGGAUAUAGAAUUCGAUGCACAUAUCCUUGAUAAUGCAGUUAUGAAACAAAAUCUCGUGAAGUCAACGGAAUUCUUGGAAAAUGGUAACAAAAAGAGUAAUUUCAAUUGUGAAAGUAUAACAGAUAUAAGUGGAAAACAAAAUGUUCUUCAACAAAAUGGAAAAGUAUCUACUCUCAAUAUAGAAAAUUCAAAUUUCGAUUUUUCUCGAGAACAAAAAAGAGUAUCCACUAGUUAUGUGGAUCGUUAUUUUGAACAAUCAAAAUAUUUCGACGAUGAUAGUAUUAUAACAGGUCCUAAUGAAAAAGUAUCAUAUUUCGGCGAUGAUAAAUACGAUAAGAUUAAUAAUUUAGAACAACCAAGUAAAUCUGGAUGUUAUUCGAACAUUCAGGAUCAAGGAUCUAUUGCUGUGAAUAAACAUAACCAACAGAUAUCAGGCAAAUUUGUUAAUUGCGAUCAAUCAUUGAAGGAUAAUGUAAAUUUUGAAAUACAAUGCGAAGAAACUACUGGUUUUGAUUUGAUGAAAGAAAAAUCUUCAAAUUUUGUUGACUUUACAUGUAAUAAGUCUAUUAAAUUUGAUUUACCCAGAGAUAAGGUAAUUAACAUAGACCUCGGUACAAAACCGAAGAUUUCUAGUUCUUUUAGUGAUUCUUCUAAAAUGAAUAUACCUGAAUUUCCUAAGAAAAUUGACAUAUCAAAGAUGAGAGGUGGGAAAGUACCAUUUGUACCAAGAAAUCCAAGUCAAGAAAGUAAAGGUAUCAUUUUUGGAUCUACAGAUAGUAUAAAAACAAAUUUAAAAAUGGGAGGAUCAGACAGUCCUAGAGGAAAUAUGGAAGCUAUGAGAAUCAAUAUUCAAAGUUUCCGUAAAAUAGAACAAAAUCAAAAUGGUCAUGAGGCUUUUCCUUUUGUUAUAUCCAAUAAUCCUCUAUUCAUUGCAGAAUCUGAAAAAAAAGAAUCUCCCGUUUAUAGUAGUUCUGAAAGUUUACGAGUUAAUUUCCAACGACUUAGAAGAAAAUCUGAUGCAGAAGUAAAUAAUCAAAUAGAAUUGAGUAGCAAACUUCUGGCAGAGAAAUAUCAAAAAGAAGUAUCAGGUUUGGAGAGUGUAAAGAAUUAUUUAGAUUCAAAGAAAGGCCAAGGAUUGAAUUUAGGUCUGGGUAAAUUGACACAGAAUAUGAUUCAAUUAGGAAAGAAUAUCGCGCAAAAUUCAAGAAAUAUAGAAAGUACUACCACCAAAUCAUUGGUUACCAGUGUAAGGAAUUUGGAUAUAUCUGGUCAAACUCAAACAUCUCUGAGAAGUCUAAAUAUACAAAAACCUAAACAUUUAGAUUUGAAUAUUCCUCUCCAAUGUCAAUCACAGACCAGUAUAAAAUUGAAUCUGACUUCACAAAAAACGAAUCCUCCAUCUAGUCCCAGUCUACACCAACAUAUUUUAGAACCACCAAAAUUGUAUCAGAAUGACAAUACUAGAAAAGAACUAUCUAAGACUGAUACACUUUUAGAAAAAAUGUCUACAGCUACCAAUAUAUAUAGACAUAGAACGUCUUCCCUAUCAGAGAAUAGAAAACCACCUCUUAAAAAUAUAAGGAGAUCUUUUCAUCCUAUUAAUGAUUCUAGUGAAGAUUCAGAUUCUAUAUCUCAUUCGGAAACAGACAUACGGAGCCGUUUGCGUUAUAAGCGUCGUCAUAAAAAACUUCCGCAUAAUCUACGAUUAAAUUUCAAGAAUAAAGGUCAUUUUUUGCAUCCGGAAGCGGCUAGAGGAUUUUCAUCGAUAGAACUUUGCGGAAAAUCUCCGCCUCCAUCGACCAGCUUUUUAAAUUCUCUAUCACCGCCUUUUUCUUCUAGAAAUAAUUUACUUUCUUGGCCAGAAAGUGCGCCCAGUUCUAGUCUGACAUUUACUAGCAAUUCUGAUUUGGAUUCUGACACUAGUUCAGAAUACCCAGAAUUCACAAAUGACAUAUUGACUUUUCCACCAUCCCCAGCCCCAUAAAUAAUCUAUAAUGCUUUAGAUUUGGUCUUAAAGCCUGAUAUCUAUAAUGUGUCAUCAUUGAUAUGCCAAAUGCAUGUUUUUGGCAAAAAUAUGUAGGACAAUGCCAGAGUUGGGCAGAAAUAUUUUAUUUUUUUUUAGAUUAAAUUCCAUUGAACGUUUAUACUUGAUUAUAUUAUAAUAUCAUAAUUAAUUAUUGAUAUUAAGGAUGAUGUUAAAAUGCAAAUAUAUUUAAAAAUAAAAUUCUUGAUAGUAAUUCGUGAAAGUUUUGAAUGAAUUCACAUUAAAAAAUUUUCUAUGUUAUAAGACAAUGGCUUUUUCAAUAGAAUAAUUUUCAUAAGAAAUCCUCAAAUAGAUAUUAAUAUAUUUGUGAGAUAGGAUUGAUUCUAAAGACCAAAAAAAAAAAAGACAAGUUGAUAUACAAAAAUAUCGAUUGAUAUUUAUUUAUUAUAAAUUAUUAUGUUAGAUGAAGCAAGACAAAGAUAGAGCGAGCCGUAUGACGAAGAUAAAGCUUAUUUUCUACCUUCAUAAAGUUACAAAUAAUUGAAAUAAUUAAAAUGAGAAAAAUGGCUCUAUCUGUGUUACAUGUAUGACAGAAAUUAAUAUCACAUUAUUAUAUACUAACUUUUAUUUUGACUUCUAGAAUUAAUUCUCCAAAAGAGUCCCAUGAAUUAUAUAUUAAUAUCUUAUAUAUAUAUAUUUAAAAAUGAAAAUAUAAUUCUUAAUAAAUGAUAUAUUAUGGAUAUGAAAGAAAUGCAAUUAGAGUUGCUGUUUUUUUUAUUAAAAUCUUUGCUAUGGUCAUUAAAUGAAAUGAUUAUUGCUCAAUUAUAAUUAAUAGCAAAUAUGAUGAAUUAAAUUUUAUUUUAAAGAUUUUCUUGGAGAUCAUGUAGAUUAUAUAAAUCGAAAAUAAUACCCAACUCUGGACAAUAUACAGUGUACUUAAACGAAAAACUGUUCUGAAACAGUUCUUCAAUCACAUACGCUUAGCAUGCUUGCAUGUUACAUAAUAAUAAUUAAAUAAUAAUAUCUAGUCGAUAAUAUGUUUGGAUACAUUUACACGUUUAUACUAUUUGUACUUGAAAGGAAAUUUUAAUGGGAAUAUGUUAAUCAUUGAAUCACAUAUAUCAACAUACGAAUCUUUAACUUUAAUAUUAAUACUUUGUCUUAUGUACAUGUAUAAGGAAAUACAUUGCAUUUAUUCCGUUUAAGAUAAUAUUUUUAAUCGGUCUAUAUCGAAUAUAUAUUUUAUAAUUUGUUCACCUUUUUUUGGUAUAUUGAUUUGCAUCAUGAGGCAUAAAGAGUGUGUUUAUUAUUUUUCCACGUGCUUGUGAUUUACUUUCAAUUAGAGAGGAUCCAAGUUUCUGUAUAUGCUCUCAGAAGUCAUUUUUUCAUAUUUUAAAUUAUAGUCACUCUCUCUGUCUCUCUCUGUCUCUCUCUCUCUCUCUCUCUCUCUCUCUCUCUCUCUCUCUCUCGCUCUCUCUUGCUAUCUUUCCUUUUAUUUGUUAUUUUCGUUCUUUAAUUUCUGUUUCUCUUUCCCAAAUCUAUCCCCUCCCACGACUU